AUGGCGUAUAAUAAUGUCUACACACCUUUGUAUCAUACAGAAGAUAUCAACCUCGAUCAUAGACUUAAAGCGACCGACUUACCGCAUUGGGAAGAUAUGCGCAACGAAGAAGUUCCAAAAAAUACCGGGCAGCCGAUGAUAGAUGAUGGAGGAAUAGCCAGGCCAGGAGAGCCGCCGAUGGAGGAAAGACGAAAAUCAGAAGGACAGAAUAUUCAGCCUCAGACAUUAUCGGCAUAUGGGUCAUAUUAUACACCUCUUCCCUCUGAACCACUCUGUGUCGUCCACGAGAACUUCGCACGUCAAGUGCACCAUCUCUCAGAUCCUCCCAAGGCCGCAUGA